AUGCGGGGAGCCUCGCUCCUCCGUUCUUCCUACCCCUUCUUCCUUUUCGCCAUUAUCUUCAACAUUCUCUCAUACAUCCCUAUCGUCACAUCACAGUCUUCGGUGCUGCCGUCGACCCAGCCCUCGCGCGUCCAGCAGCCUAUCUCUCACCCCAACCGCGAUGACCUUCUCACUCCCGGGGGCACAUUCACGAUUCGAUGGCAACCAGACCCGCAUUUUUCCAAUGUUACCCUCGAAAUAUGGGACAAGACCUCAUGGGGUUACAGCCGCGACUUCGGUGAUCUUUGCUACCACUGGAUAAACCCCUUCUGUGGGACCAUCGUCUCCCACGCCCCAAACACUGGCUCCUACGAAUGGCACAUCCCGAAACCGGGAUCCGAUUUCCCGCGCGCAGAACGGGUCUUCUGGAUCAAGAUGUAUGUGGACGACUAUUUGAAGCCCGAGAUAAACAACAAAGACCCCGUCUUAAGCUAUACUCAGAACUUCGCAUUUGCACCGGAUCCAGGACAAAGCGUGUCGGUAACAUGGACACUGAUGGGCACGGGGACUCCGACUCCGAGCCCCACGCUUGCGGGGACCGUCACAGUGACGGUCCAUGAUCAGCCGAGUAAAGCCCUCGGCGCUACAAGUGCGGCUCCGAUAGCAAGCGGGACGGGAUUGUCGGGGAGGAUUACAGGACUGCCAACGGCGCCCGCAAAACAGGGGAGUGCGUCUCGAGCGGGCAGAGCGAUGCCAGCUUUGCUGUUGCUGCCCCAGCUUCUAGGCCUGUGGUGA